AGCCUCGCUAAAUGGACCGCCGAUGUGCCUCCGCCGCCUCGCCAGGCCGGGCCGGGCGGGGAGAAGAUGGCACUGUCCAGGGGCCUGCGGUGCUGCCAGCGGGUCUUCGGCUGGGUUCCCGUCGCCAUCAUCACCCUGGUGGUGCUCUGGUCCUACUACGCCUACGUCUUCGAGCUCUGCUUGGUGACUGUGACCAGUUCCAUAGAAAAAGUGGCCUACCUCACCAUAUUCCAUGUGAUCUUCCUGUUCUUCAUAUGGACGUAUUGGAAGUCUAUAUUUACUCUUCCACAGCAACCGGACAAAAAGUUCCACAUGUCUUAUGCUGACAAGGAGCGCUAUGAGAAUGAAGAGAGACCAGAGGGACAGAGGCAGAUCCUUGCUGAAAUGGCACGGAAAUUGCCUGUGUACACGAGAGCAGGGAAUGGAGCUAUUCGAUUCUGUGAUAGAUGCCAGCUCAUCAAACCUGACCGCUGCCAUCACUGUUCGGUUUGUGCCAUGUGUGUAUUAAAAAUGGAUCAUCAUUGCCCAUGGGUAAACAACUGCAUUGGAUUUUCUAACUACAAAUUCUUCCUGCUAUUUUUAGCAUAUUCUCUUUUGUACUGCUUGUACAUAGCUGCAACAGUCUUCAAGUAUUUCAUCAAGUAUUGGACAGAGGAGCUGACCAAUGGGCGUGCCAAGUUCCAUAUCCUUUUCCUCCUUUUUGUGGCAAUCAUGUUUUUUGUUAGCCUCCUCUUCCUCUUUGGCUACCAUUGCUGGCUCGUCAGCCAAAACAGGUCUACGUUGGAGGCCUUUUCAGCUCCUGUGUUUCCUACUGGCCCUGAUAAAAACGGAUUUAAUCUUGGCAUUAAAAAAAAUCUUCAACAAGUGUUUGGAGAGAAAAAAAGACUUUGGUUCCUCCCUGUGAUAUCCAGUCAAGGCGAUGGACAUUUUUUUCCAACAAGAACUCUGAGUGAAGCAAGGAAUCCACUGCUAGCAAGUGAAGAGCAAUGGGAGGAAGAUGGGUUGGACGAUGAUAACCUCGAUUACAACCAAGGUUCUUCAAUUUCUGUGGAAAUGGAGACGUAAUAUUUUUGAAAGGCUGUUGGUACAAAAAUCACACUCCCAGUGAAUUUCAGCUUCCUUCUAUGAUGGACAUUUAUGGGGAACAAAAAGAAAGGAAGCACUUGGAUUACCUGCAGAAGGGCCAUCGUCUGAUGCCAAUCCUGGCUGUCUGAAAUGGUUCUUCAGGAUACUGGUGUGGUGAUGGCUCCAAGGGUUCCUACUGAUUAUUGACUCUUGAGCAAGGGCAGCUUUGGUGGAUUAAGGCCAUUCAAGACCUUUUACUUUUUUAUUUCUUACCCAGAAUAAGUGAGAACUCUUUGUGCAAAUGCUUUUCCAAAUGCCUUAAUGGCAGUUAUCUAUGACCCUGGAUUUCACAAUGUUUUUCAUUUUGCCAACUUACAAGAAUGGCUCUGUAACAAGGAGUAGAUGGCUGGUCAACUGGACUACUUGUACAAGUGCUUUCAAGCAGGAAUCAUGGUUGCCAAAUCAGGUCUUAUUGUUAGAAACCCUGGCAAGUAUGCACUGCACGUUUAAGGCUGUACGUCUCCUUUCCCUGCCCACAAUACCUCCUCUUACUUUUUGAAAUCCUUUUCUUUGAUUCUGUUAAGAAUGUUGGCCCUUUUGGUCUAAGAAACACACCCUUUUUGGUGUGGUGUAAAAAAAAAAAAAGCCUUCAAGCACAAUCCCUGUUGCAGAUGUUAAAGGGAUGUUUUCUUUUCUAAAAUAUUGGGCAGGAUCCUGACACGGCAGAUGUUGCAGAUGUUAAAGGGAUGUUUUCUUUUCUAAAAUAUUGGGCAGGAUCCUGACACGGAACACCUCCCUUUGACCUGUGGCCCAGUACUCCUUGAAGUGGUCAUCCUGUGCCUGAACUGCACCACUUUGGACUGUGGGGGGGGACCAACUCUGGUUCCCUCCAGAUCUUUUGGACCAUGACUCCCAUCAGUCACACCUAGCAUUGGCCAAUGAGUGUUGUGGUCCAAAACAUCUGGAGGAUUCCAGGUUGGUGAAGGCUUCUAAGUCUCUCUCCACAUAGAAAAGUGCCAUGCUGGGGAUCAGUUGUCUAGACUUCUUUAUGUUAGAGGGAAACAUUUUGCACAGAGAACCCUUCAAUCAUGUGAAGCUCCAGCAGGCACCACUCAGGCACAAACCAAUAUUGCUUAUUUUUCAAUACUUAGUAGAAAGAAGGGGAGUGGGGAAUGAUUAUUUUUCAGUGAGCAAAUAGGACUGAGACUCUUCGUUGAAAAAAUAAAACCAAUAUAUUUUUUUUUCAUAACGUUUGACAGAUGUGCUAUUAGGUGUGCUGGAUUGAGCUGACUGUCUUCCUUUUCUAAUUAUAUCUGAUAUAAGAACCAUUUUUAGUCUGAAGGUCCAGCCAACACAAGACAUUUUCCUGAGACUUUGUUGCUGCAUAAGUGAUGAAAAUACAAGCAUUGUUUGGGCGGGGGGACUGUGUGGUUGAUGCAGGACAUCCAAAGGAUAUCAUGGUAUACACUUUGGAGUCUCAAGCAUGUGUACCACAGAGGAGUUUGCACAGCUGUCUCCCUCAAGAGCAAGGCAUUCUUUUUUACACAUCCUUGCUAAGAAGCUGGGAAAAGAAAUACUUCACCAUUUCUUAAGUGUUGUCUCAGUAUUUCUUCCAUUGUUCUUCCUUUUUCAAUGGUCAUGUUUACGGGAUCUCACAUUCCCCACUGCUCCAGAAGGUUAAUGUGCAAUUCCUCAACCUCGCCCCAAAAAGUGAAGACCAACACAGAAGAUGACGUAUACCUCAAUCCCACUGAAAUAAUUUAAGCUUGUGUGUUUAAACCUUAAUUGAUUUCAACAGCUGUGCUUUUCACACAGCUCAUAGUUAACCUACGCAAUUCACCACCGUAAGGCGUAGCAACUGUAAUUUAGACAAAUGCAUGGACAAUAAGGCAAGCAGUAGCUACUGGUCAUGAUGGCAGUGUGCCACUUCCAGUAUCAACGUCAUCAUGCCUCUGAAUGCCAGGUGCUGGGAAUCACAAGCGGGACAAGUACAGUUGUGCUUCUGUCCUGCUUGUAGGUUUUGCAUAGGUACCUGAUUGGCCAUUGGGACAACAGGAUGCUAGACUCAAUAGGCCCUUUGGUCUGAUCCAGCAGGGCUUUCUUAUGGGCUCCCUUGGGGAUGAAGGGCAGGGUAUAAAUACACAUAAAUAAUAUCCUUGUGUGUGGUUGGGGAUAGAUUGAAUCACAACCCACAUCCUGCAUUGUAAAUUCACUGCCAAAAGCCAGGUCUGAAUAGGGAUAGGUGAGGAUGUCACUUCCAGCUGGCCAAAAGCCUGGGCCCAUCUUUCUCUUUUGUGUUCACAGCUAUAGAAUGCUUUGGUUUCUUGCCAGGGCUGGCAAUACAGGGCCAGGGCGCUAAUGCUGCACUUACUACCUUCCCUUGGCAGACACUAUCAUACUGUUGUUCUAAUUGUCAUUUCUAUUACUGUGCCAGAUCCCUGGGGGCUGUUCAGCUGUUCAGCUUGUAAUAGCACAAAUGGAAUAAAUGUAAAUUAUACUGCUAAACAUUUUUUUUGGAGGGGGGGAAGCUGUGCUUAAUUUCAUAAUUUGCCUAAAUAAAACUUCCCAUUAUGAAGUAACCAAAAAUAACCUAAGUUUAUCUCUGAAAACACCUUAGCAACCUGUUUUUAUUGCAAUCAGGCUUCUUAAAUGAACAAUUUUUAUUCUAAACAAUCAUCAGUUUAGAAGGGCUCUGGUCCAGAGAACUUUAUAGAGGAAAAAUAUCUGCUAAUGCACAAUCCAGAAAUGCCUGGUGCCCACCAAACAUUUUAGACUAUAACCCCCAUCUACUCCUUUCAGGCACAGCAGUUAUCAUCCAAAACAUCUGGAAGACACCAAGUUGGGAAAGGCUGCAGCAUAAAUUUUGUGCACUCAUAAACAACAGGGAUCUGAUACCCAAUUUACUAACAAUGCAAUAUCUGUGUAAUACUGCCAACAUUAUGCCUAUAGAUAUAAACCUAAGUACAGUAUAGAAAACUAUUUAAAAAUGUUUAUGUAGCUUGUGCCCCUUGUCUUCUUAACCUUUUUUCCAAGGAUCUGCGUUGAAGAGCAUCUAUACAUGCUGAGUAAACAAAGAAACUUGCAAAAUAUUCCAUCAGUUUUUAUCACCUGUUCUAAGGAGCAGGUCAUUGAUGAUUCUCUGGAUGGCAGAUGACAGGAUGUUCUGCAUGCCAAAACACCCUCCUGGUAUAUUCAAAUAUGAACAUAUUAUUGCAUACUGUUGCUGCUUUAAGCAGGGGAGUUGUGGGCCGGGGGCUCAAGCCCCAGGCCUGUGUGGUAGGCCUCUCGAUUGCUAGCGCUUUUUAAACUUAAUUUUAUUUUUACUUUUCUUACAAGGCAGCUGAGCACACUGCAAAGUACACUGCUGGUGCCCCUUGAGUUCUUUUAGUAACUAGCAUCACUCCUGACUUUCAAGCAUUCAUCCAUUUCUUGCAUUUCAUUCAGGUUUUCCUACAUUUUCACUGCAAAUGGAGACCGAUGUUAGCCCUAAGGACUAAGCAAAUGUCCUGAAAAGGAGGGGGGGCAGUAUUUCCUUUCUUGCUGUAGUUCUGUGCUUUUGAACAAAGCAGGAAACACAAGAAUGUUGUGCAGGGUGCAGAGGCAAAUCCAUUCCAUUGUUGCUCCUUGAAGAAGGCUGACAUUGUGGGUUGUCCCUAGAGUGAUGCUGUUUCUUUGUUGGGCUUGACACAGGGGACUUGUGGCUUACAGCUAUCCUGUAUAAAUACUUCCAGUCUCUAAGGGAGUAAACAUAUGCUUUUGGAUAUUUUAUGCAUAGCUGCAAAAAAAUGCAAAAUGUCUCAAUGGCUGCUUGAAUAAUUUGAUAUCCAAUUAAAUGAUGUGCUGUGCUAAUAAUAAUGUCUAGAUACAUGAUCAACUAUCAGAUAGCUUCUGUAGUUGCAGUCACUCAGGAUUCAAGUCAUUUAAACUACCCUAAAGCAUUAAGUAUUUUCAUGGAAAUCUUAAGCACUCCUUAUGUUUUCACUAAUUUAAACAAAACAGAAUAAUCCAACCCUUCUUUUACCACCACCCCUUAAUGUAUUAAUUCAUUAUUAGUAUUAGACCAAAAUUCUUUUUGGCCUCUGUGUACUGCAAAAAGUUGAGCUAGCAUUAUGUUGGAGAUGCAAGAUCUGUUCUUUGCCCUGUGUACAAAUAUAUAUAUAUAUAUAUAUAUCCGAGUGCAGUGUGGACGCAAUGAGUAGGCUGUGUAUGUGCUAUUGUUCCAUAUCAUAACAUUCCAGUUUGAAGAACCUUCUGUAUGACUGCUUGAACCAUGAAGGAUAUGAGAUGCAGUGUGGACACAGCCCAGAAUUAUUCUGGGCGUGAAACUGCAAUCAUGAAAGGGGAAGAUUGAAUAGGUGUCCACUCAACUAUCUUCCAUAAAAAAUGUUACACAUACUUAACAUUCCAGGUGUUUCUCUGGUUAGCAAGCUUAAGGCAUCACACUGGUGUCUACAAAAGUGGGAUAGUAAAUACUAUUUAAAGAAUAUGGACUUUGCAAAACUUGGGACUUUUUGCAAGAACUGCUAUGCUACAGUGGUUUAUUUUGUAAAUUAGGGCACUACUGAGUCCUUGCUGUUAAAUAUUUAUGGAGCAAAGAACAGUAACUUUGGGAGAGAACACGGGCUGAUCAAUAGUGUACUGCCUGAUGAUGUAACAGAUAUUUAUUGCCCAGAAUCAUAGGGCAUUGUCAGAUGUGGCAUAAUCUGAAAGCACAAUUUUGGUGCACAUUACAAUACCAGGAACACUAAUUUUUUGUAUAGAAUACAGUCUUUUGAAAUUACUUGCAUUGAUUUUAUUUAGGUACAGUACCUUGUUGGGGAAGACAGUUUUGGGAGAAAAUGCUGAUGUGGGAAUGGUGUACUUCAUCAGCAAAAUGGUUGUGCUUACCAAUAACAAAGUUUUACUUACAUAAGAGCAUACUGUCAAUCACUAUGCUUCCCUUAAGUGACUUGUUAAUUUUUUAGGAUACACUCUGCAUUUAAUUUUAUGGAUUUCUAAAACACUAGAUUCUAGUUUAAUCCAAAGAAUUGAAGUGGGUGACAACAGGCUUCAUAUUAAGGGGAUGGAAAGUAGCAGGGUCCUACAUGCCCAUUUAAUACUAUUCAUUUAUCCAGAAAAAAACAAACAGAAGACCUGCAAUGAGUAUUCUUCCAACCAAGAGAGAUCCUCAGCAGUUUGCAUGUACAUGUACCUGAUGUUAAUCAACUGGAGAGCUCAGUAUACCUGCAAAAUAUCUUGCUGUGCCUGCCACAGUUCAAAUAACCAAGGCAUUUGUGCUACCAUGUUUUGUACUGUUUUACCUUUGAAGUGGCAGCUUACUGCUUGGUCCUUUUCCUGACCAGGUGUCUUGCCUUUUUCACAGAAUUUUUUUGGUACCACUUUUCUGAUAACCACUGAAUCAAGCUUCAUUCUAACUAUCUGUAUUGGUCAUAUUGCAAUUGCUUUUGUGUUCCAGUUUACUAUACUUCCAUAUGUGUAAUUAAGGCCUAAUUAUUUCAUUGAUUGUAUUUUCAAAAAGGUACCAUUUCACCAUCUUGUUUUACAGUAGGGAGCAUAAGAAAUGGACUUCUGUUAGGUUUCACAGAACUGUUUCCCCUCCAAACCUCCAUGUAAUCAUCUUUGUACAAAUUCCAAAUUCAGCUUUUUGAUUAUUGCAGGUUUUAUUUUGUUGACCCUUUUGAAUGUUUUGACUUCAUUAUCUCAGGUUUGUUCAUUAAAAAAUGUGUAUGUUCAUGCUUGUUGCAGCCUUAAGCAUGGAAAUGUUUUACAAUAAAAAAAUAUUUUAUAGAAUGAA